CUCCCGGUCCCCGCCUCGGCCCCGGGCUCCGAAGCGGCUCGGGGGCGCCCUUUCGGCCAGUGUCGUCGUCGACCCCCUCCCCAGCCCCAGCCCCUGGGGACCCAGGCUCGCCAGCGCCCAGCCAGGGAGCCGGCCGGGAAGCGCGAUGGGGGCCCCUUCCGCCCUGCCCCUGCUCCUGCUUUUCGCCUGCUGCUGGGCGCCCGGCGGGGCCAACCUCUCCCAGGACGACAGUCAGCCCUGGACAUCUGAUGAGACAGUGGUGGCUGGUGGCACCGUGGUGCUCAAGUGCCAAGUCAAAGACCAUGAGGAUUCCUCCCUGCAGUGGUCUAACCCUGCCCAGCAGACUCUCUACUUUGGGGAGAAGAGAGCCCUUCGAGAUAAUCGGAUCCAGCUGGUUCGAUCCACGCCCCACGAGCUCAGCAUCAGCAUCAGCAACGUGGCCCUGGCGGAUGAGGGCGAAUACACCUGCUCCAUCUUCACCAUGCCCGUCAGAACUGCCAAGUCCCUCGUCACCGUGCUCGGAAUCCCACAGAAGCCCAUCAUCUCUGGCUACAAGUCAUCGUUACGGGAAAAGGACACGACCACCCUAAACUGUCAGUCUUCUGGGAGCAAACCUGCAGCCCAGCUCACCUGGAGGAAAGGUGACCAAGAGCUCCACGGAGAGCCAACCCGGAUACAGGAGGAUCCCAACGGCAAAACCUUCACCGUGAGCAGCUCGGUGACCUUCCAGGUCACCCGGGAGGAUGACGGGGCGGACAUUGUGUGCUCUGUGAACCAUGAGUCUCUAAAGGGGGCUGACAGGUCCACCUCUCAGCGCAUCGAAGUCUUGUACACACCGACGGCGAAGAUCAGGCCGGACCCUCCCCAUCCUCGCGAGGGCCAGAAGCUGUUGCUACACUGUGAGGGCCGAGGCAACCCCCUCCCCCAGCAGUACCUGUGGGAGAAGGAGGGCAGCGUGCCGCCCCUAAAGAUGACGCAGGACAGCGCCCUAAUCUUCCCCUUCCUCAACAAGAGUGACAGCGGCACCUACCGCUGCACGGCCACCAGCAACAUGGGCAGCUACAAGGCUUACUACACCCUCAAUGUUAACGACCCCAGUCCGGUGCCCUCAUCCUCCAGCACCUACCACGCCAUCAUCGGUGGGAUCGUGGCUUUCAUCGUCUUCCUCCUGCUCAUCCUGCUCAUCUUCCUCGGCCACUACUUGAUCCGGCACAAAGGAACCUACCUUACACACGAGGCGAAAGGCUCCGACGACGCUCCAGAUGCGGACACAGCCAUCAUCAACGCAGAAGGCGGGCAGUCGGGCGGCGACGACAAGAAGGAAUAUUUCAUCUAGGGGCACCCCCCCAGGGACCCCAUGGGGACUGCUGGGGCCAUCACCAACCGGACUUGUACAGAGCGACCGCAGGGCCGCCCCUCCCGCUUGCUCCCCAGCCCCCCCACCCCCCUGUACAGAAUGUCUGCUUUGGGUGCGGUUUUGUACUCGGUUUGGAAUGGGGAGGGAGGAGGGCGGGGGGGAGGGAGGGUUGCCCUCAGCCCUUUCCGUGGCUUCUCUGCGUUUGGGUUAUUAUUAUUUUUGUAACAAUCCCAAAUCAAAUCCGUCUCCAGGCUGGAGGGGCAGGGGGCCCUGGGGUGAGGAAAGCAAAAAAACAAAAAACAAAAAACAAAACAAACAACCCAGGGUGUUAGGAGGAGAACGAGGAGAGGGUAAGGGCAGGAAAGGAGCAGGGCUGGUUUGGGGGGUGGGGGGCUCUCCCCAGCCCUCCACCCUCCGCAGCAGAGCCUCUUCCCGGGCUUCCCAGGAAUGGGGAGGUGGUGAGCAGGAGCGGCAGGUGGCUUUCCUCUGUCAGUCGCACGCCCUGAGUGGUGGACAGAGGAGCAGGUAUCACCGUGACACCCCUCCCCCACCACGACGGGAAAGGAGUGAAUGGAGGUCCCCGGCCACGAGACCUGCAGAUAGCCUGUUGCCACGCAGGGGCUCAGGGCUUCCACGUGCGGAGGACCCGGGUGCCUGCAGGAGGGGUGGACUUGGACAGGAAGGAUGGUAGAGAUGGCCCUGUCCCCCCCCCUCACCCCCCACAGUGAGUGGAACCAUCCUGGGGGGAACAGCAGAGCAAGGCUGCCCCUCCAGGCUCUCUCUGUGGGAGAAGCUCUGCUCUGGGGCCUGAACUGAUUCUGCUCCCCGCGCCGAGGGGCCCCUCGCUCUCACCCAGCCCCGGACUGUUGCACGGCAACCACUCCUCUCCUGGCAUUGCUCAGCAACUUCUCCUCCCUGUUUUGUGCUGCCCUGUGCCCCUUCCUGUUCCCGAAGCCAUCCCUCAGUCCUCCCUACCUCCCUCAGCAGCCAGGCAGACACAACAACAAAAAUACUAAAAGGAGCUUCGCUGCACUGAGCUGUUUCCUGCCCAGACGAAGGGAAUAACGUGUGUGGAUGCGUGUGUGCGCGCGCGCGUGUGUCUGCGCAUGUGUGUGAGUGUGUGAGAGGCAGAGGGGGUCCUGGGCAGGUGGGCGGGCUGUGGGGCAUGUGAAGAAGGGCUUUGGGAGCCGAGGCUUCCUAGGCAGGCUUUGCACCUCACCUGGGAUGUGGCUCCACCCUGCUCUUUUCCAUGUCAGCCCCAGUGCCCAUCUGUCAUGCAGAAAGCAGUCCCAGGGUGUGUUUCUGCUCCGUUGUCCAUCUCGUCUCUCCCUCAAGCAACCCCUGCCUCCACAUCCCUUCUCAGAGCCAUGAGUCAGUGCCACAGCCUCUGCUAUGCAUCCCUCAGGCCUCUCCCUGGCGCUGACCCUGGAAUGACCACUGUCACUUCUUUUGCCCAUAGUCUGUACCCAGUGCGUUGAGGGCUGGGAAUGCAACCUGUCUCCUUCCCUUCUCCGCCCCUCCUUUGGAUUUUCUGUCUUCCUUCCUGCCGGAGCUGGUUGCCGUGGAGACGAGGCCGCUCACCCUCCCCAUCCAGCUGCCCCGCCUCAGACCCGGGGUGCCCCUUGGCCCCCCCUCACCCUCCUCCAGCAUGUCCUCCCUGCUCGGACAACCCAGGGGCACGCAGAAUGGGGGCUGCUGUCUCCAGUAGGUCUGCCCACCCCCUUCCGUUCAGGUAAUGCCGUUGUGAAUCUUCCAGCCUCAGGUGAGGGCCCCAGGCACCGCAGGCAGCCCCUCACCUAAGCCAGGGCCCCCUCCUCUUCCCGCAGCAAGGCAGCCUAGGGCCUCGGGCCUUAUCGGCUCCCUGUCUCCCAGCACUUGCUUUUGGGAAAAUGACUUUUCCUCUUUGAGCUGAACCACUCUGUCCAUAUUACACAGAAGCCAUAUUUGUACGGGGGGGGCGGGGGGAGAGGGGCCGUUGUGCUGUGUGUGUCUGUCUGUGGGGGUGGGGUGGGGAAGGGAGCAGGGAGGGCACCGUGUAUCUUUAUAAUCUUUCUAACUCUCCUGUGCUAAUCUCAGAGGGGCCACCCUCAAUAUAUCUGGAUUAUCCGUGUCUUUCAGCUGCCUCCUUCUUGCUGCUCUGGCUCCUGUUGGGGUGCAUGUACGUAGGGGCUGUUCUGCUGGUGCCACCGCACCUGGCGCCUCCGGGGUGGUGUGUGCGCUGCCAUGCCGCGCGCCCCAGGGCACUCCUGGAUGGAAAAAUUAUAACUCUCCAAGGGAGAGAAAUGCAUUCAUCCCCUUUGGACAGGUCCUUGCUUUCCAGAGUGUUUGGGUUGGGGCAUCUAAUGGCUCCCCACUGCCCUCUGCCAGGCUGUGCUGGAGAUGACGGAGACGAAGGUGGAGACCUCCGAACACCACUCCGGGACCCCUUCAGCAGACCCCCAAACUCACUUUCUAGCCCCCCUCAUGGUGAACCUGAAACUGGAGCUAGUGUCCUGGGAGAAAAGGGGACCAGCUCUGCAAGGCAGUCACCCCUUUGCCCUUUGGCUUCCCUGCUCCACCUCCAGGCAUCCUUCUGUGAGUGGGAAAGAGCCCUUGGCAGAACCGGCUACCACGUCCCAUGCUUUCUUGGACAAAUGAAACAGCGUCACCUAACCAGCCCUCUCUAUCUCAUUGUUCUGACUCGGACACUCCACGACCCACCCCUCUCAACGUCCAGGCUAGGUCUC